AGUUUUCUGUCAAUUUUCGUUAGCGAUUCGCAGUAAACGUGUUUUUGUGAAUUUAUUUUGUUUCUACAUUUUCGCAAUAAGCUUAUUUUUAACCAUAAAGUUUUAUUAGCCGCCUUUAUUAAGAUUAAUAUUAUUGUCAAUUAUUUAUUUUAAACCAUUAAAAUGGUCGUUGUAUCUUCAACAUUUGCUGUACCGGCAGAGGGAGUUUUAUUUCAAACACCCUCAACUAAAUUACUCGUGAACGAUCUGGAAUUAGGCACAGCCACUUUAUACAUAACUGAAAAUAAUGUGAUAUGGGGUGGUGGCGUUAAUGCUACCGGGGGUGCAGCUCCGACGAUAUCGCUUCUUUAUCCUAACAUUUCACUCCACGCUAUACAGAGAGAACCCAUCCCAGCCUUAUACAUGGUUCUGAAUCAUGAGCUAAGGCUACCAGAACUGACACAGCAGGCUGGAGGUGACGCACAACAGAAUGAACAUGAUGACGAUGACGACUUUGAUGCCGAUGAACACCCCAUCACACAGCUGCGGUUCAUCCCCCAAAACGAAUCAGAUCUUAAUACAAUGUACUCAGCCAUGAGCGAAGGGCAGGCCCUUCAUCCAGAUCCUGCUGAUGAAGUAGACGAUGAUGACCCGUACAUGGACGGAGAGGAAUUUGAUGAUGGCGACGAGGAGUUCGAGGACGCGGAGGAGAGCGCGGCGCCCGACGCGGCCGAGCGCCUCGCCGCGCUGCGCCUGCAGCACAACGGCACCGAUUGUGAAGACGCAGAGGCCGGUGAAGAGUGAUCUGUAUAAUUUAACUACUUGGUAAUUUAUUUACUCGCUAAGUAUUUACAGACUCCCUGCAGAGGGACUUCCAGGUGUAAUAUCUUAGUUAUGUUGUAAUAAUUUGCUAUAAAUGUCGAUCUAGGGUUAUGAUUGGUGAUUCGCUAUAAAUGUAUGAGUUUAUGUUUUAUAAAUUGUAUGCCUAAAAAGUUUAUCAAUAUUUCUUUAAUGUAAUUUAUCGUUAGUUAUGUUUAUAUAAAUUUAAUAUACUAUCUGUCCCUGUUAUAAGCAUAUAUGGUACAGUCAGAACAUUAUCCGAGUUAAAAGUAGCUAGAAGUAGUAACCGAUAUAGUUAAUAGGCAAUAAUUUUAACUAAUGGUGUCGGUUAGGUUAGUUUUAUAACUGUGUUCUCAGUAUAAGUUAAUGUACUUUUACUGAGACUACUUACAACGUCAUGUUAUGUCUUUUUCCUAUUAUACCACAUUAUAGAAAUAAAAUGAAUCUAACUUAUAGCAUUACUCAAAAGUACUCUGACAGUGUUGCCAGUCACAAAUAAUAUUGACCGGAAAGAGUUCUGACUGUAACAUUUACAUAUUCAUUUAAGAUGUUUAUGUAUUGAAUAACUUAAUGUAUACACUUGGCUUAUGCUAAACUAAGCACUGCCGCACCUCUAUAAUGGAAUUAUUCUUGGAAUUAUCUUAUAUUCUACUUCGAGGAUUCCACAGACAAUUAAAAGUAUUUUUUGUUUGUGACAAAGAAAUAAUUAGUAAUAUGUUUCAAUACUGUAAUAAUUGAGACAAUACGCACAUUGCAUUUAUGGCAUUCACUAAAAAAUCCUUUAAAAUGGAAAAAAAUUAUGUUUCAACUUUUCUAUCAACAUCUAUGAAAAAUAUAAUAUAUUCGGCCAUCAAAAACAAACUUAAGUAAUACAAAACUUUUUGAUACUAUUUUAAAAAUAAUUUUCAAACCUUUAUAUAAAAAUUAACUUAAUAUCGAAAAUUCGACUUUAAUUUGUGGCAAUUUGGCUUUAAUUAAAUUUAUUUUGUAAUGUUUAAGUCCUAAAAAAUGCUUCGAUGCCAUAUCAUAUAUUUAAAAAUCAGGAAGCCCGCCAAAAUUUGUGAUGACAAGAAAGAAAAUACUUUUUUAAAUAUGUAUCUAUCGUAAUUUGUAACAGAUUAAAAAUUUAUGCCUAACUUUGUGUCAUGCCAAAUUCAGUAAUUCUUUAUAUAGUCGUAAUAAAAUGUAUUAUUUUUGGUAAAAUGUUAUUGUAGUGAAUAGUUUUAUAAAAACGCUUAAAAUGUUAUUUCAUUUUUCUCUGAUUCUAUCUCCGACCGCUCAAAGUGUUUGUAUUCAGUGUUUAUAAUCAGAAAAUUACUCGAUAUCGAAAUUCGAAUAUUAAAAGUA